GGGUAGACGUCAAUCCCGUUGUCACGUGACCGGAAGUAUGUGAAGCAGUCGAAUGUGAGUAUUUUGAAUAAAGACACAUUUAGCUCGUAAUACACGUUUUCACUGUCAGAUGCAACUGUUCAAUUUUCAUGCAGUAAUGGCACAUUCAUUCCUAAAUUAUGCAGAAUAUUUAUGCUGAAGAGAGGAUAUUUCACAAAUGCCACCUCACAUUUUUAGCUAGCUAGCAGCAUUAACCUCCAUGGCUCUCAGUCCCGAGAGGCUAACGUUAGCUACUAUCAAAACAACACAUCUAGCUAUUUAGUGGCGCAAGAAGCAGACCACUAACAGUCAAACACAAUGGACGACUCUGAUCAAGACUUCGUUGACCUCUGCUCUAAGUUGCUCAAACGAGUCCGCAGAAAAGCAGGCGUAACCGAGAAGAGAAGUGUUGCAGAGCCCUCGUCCCAGGACACUGUGAAAGACAUACCCACCAAAAGGGUGACGAGUAGGAGGAAGAAGAAAGAUGUUGGCCCAAGUUCAAAGGGAGCUUUGGGUAACAACUCUGAACACGUUUCCUCCAUCUCUACCACUUGUGAUGAACCAAACCGACUUCCCUCCAAUACAGACAAAUCUAAACAAGCAGUGGUCAAUGGCGGUAUGGAACUUGGUGUAGGAGAGAAUGGGUCAUCAGUGGCUGUGGAUGUUGCUGGGUCUCAACCUGAGGAUAGGGGAAUGGGGGUGAAGGAGAAAGUGCUACACAGGAUGCAGCAGUUCAAGAGAGUCAAUCCACAGAAGCUGGUGCAUGGUGAGAGGAAUCAGCCUGAAGCAACAGGGAGUGAAAGUGACAGUGCUGCUCCCCAUCCACUGCCAGAUAAUGAAGUUCCAUCCACCUCCGCCUCUUCUCCCCUACCACUGGACCCCCAGGUGGAUGACUCGGAUGAGGCCCUGGCCCUGCGUCUACAGGAGGAGCUGGACAGGGAGGCCCAGGCUGUGGCCCAGGGUAGUGUAGUGGACCUGGAGCAGGGAGGCCUGUUCUUCUGUCAGCUCUGCCAGAAAGACCUGUCUGGCAUGAGCCCCACAGGACGCACCCAACACAUCAACAGGUGUCUAGACGAGAGUGAGGACAGUGCUGCCCCCGCCCCUCCUCCCGCUCCCAGCGUCCCAGAAUGCCCCAUCUGUGGUAAACGGUUCAAGUCCCAGAUGAGUCGCGCGGCCCACCUCAAGCGUUGCUCCUCCACGAUGGGCGUGGCUCCUGCCGAGCUGCUGCAGGCUGUACAGAGACAAGUUGCAGAGGGCCUGACUGACAGCACCGCCAACCAACCUCCGCAGGCCGGAGGUUCCAAGCGUAAAGGCUCCACGGACCCCAGCCUCCCGGGUAGGAAGAAGCCCAGAAAGAAGCCCCGUGGCCUGGAUGAAGACACCAUGGUGGCCAUGGCCCUGUCCCACUCCCUACUGGAGCAGGAGAAAGAGAUGGAGCGGGAGAUGCAGAGAGAGUUACAGAGGGAGAGAGAAGGUGGUCAGCAGCUCCCAGUCAUCCUCCCUCACAUUUCUCUGUCACCAUUGAAGUGGAGAGCUGAACCAAGUAAGACGAGUAAGGGGCGUGGCAAGAGGAAAAAGGGUGCACCCCCUCGCCCCCCUCCCCUCCUCCUGGUCCAGGACUCGGAGACAACCCUGAGGCGACUACAGGAGCGCGUGGCUGGCCUCCUCCUCCGUACCCGCGCCCCCUCGCCUCCCACCCCCACACGCUGCCCCAGCUCCAUGCCCUCCUGCAGAACGGGUGCUGGCCCCCUCUGGCAGAAGAGUGCGCUGCGGGACGGAGGGCCGAAGGUCAUCUCUGAGUUCUACACCCCAGAGCUCAGAGAAUUUCUACAGCCUUGGGUGUCUGUAAAGAUGGAUAUGGUGUUUCCCACCAAGGCCAUGCCUGGAUCCUCCACCAACCUUUCUUCAACAGAAAGCAUCUCUAUGACCAAGCAAUCUAUCCCUUCCUCCCAACAACCAGUCUCCUCCACCCAGGCAGCCCCGUCUUCGCUCCCUUCCACCCCAGGGACAGGGCACCUUCCAGUGGGCAGCCAGACUCUGUGUGACCUGAUGGAGCUGGCUGAUGAGGGAAUGACCCUCUCACAGUGGGGCUAUUCUACCCCAGGACCUACCAGAGACAAAGAGAACACUGCUACAGACUUCCACCUGAGUGGCUUUGUUCCUGAGAGCACAGACGAACCCCCUGACCUGUGUCUCAGUGGCUUCAUCCCAGAGAGCAGUAGAAACACUGAAAGCCAUCAGAUGAGAUCUCUUCCUCAAAGCAGAAAUACCAACAGGAGCAGCCAGAAAUCAGUGGCGCUGUCCAGGCUGGCCUCAGACCUCACCAGUAUGGUGAACAACCCCCAGUUCAGUGAUGUCCAGCUACAGGUGGACAGUGGGGAGGUGUACUUCACCCAUUCAUUCAUGCUGUAUGCUCGAUGCCCCCUGCUGGCGCAGAUGGUCCAUGACAGUGGAUUCGGGGUGCAGGAGGACGGCAUGCCCUCAGCCCAAAGGGUGUUGUUGGGUGAGGUACCAGGCCAGGCGGUAUAUACCCUGCUCCAGUACCUCUACACAGCCCACUGCCCCCUCACACACACCCUGCUGCCACACGUUCAGGAGCUGGCAGCCAGGUUCAACCUGGAGGAGCUGCAGCAGCUGUGCCAGCUCUACCCAGCUCAGACAGACCUCCACAGAGGUGUAGAGGGACAGGGGGAUCAGUGGGGAGACUGCCCAGCCCAGGAGCACCAAUCUGGGGGAGAGGAGGAGCACCAAGACCAGGUCUUCAUGGAGCUCCUCCGCUCCAUGUGGAAUGAAGAAGAGGUUGAGGAAGAUGAGGACAGAGGAGAGGAAGGAGGGAUUGCGAUGGAGGGGCGAGGGGAUGGCGUGACCAUAGAAGAUGGAGAGACGAACGAAGAAAGGGUGAACGAAGAAGAGAUGGAGGAGAUAUAUGAGUUUGCUGCCACUCAGAGAAAGAGGGAUGAAGGAAAAGAGAGCGAAAAGGAAGAAUCAGAAGAGGAGGAGGAGGGAGGAGUGACAUUUUUCACAGAGACAGAAGAAGAGCAGGAGGCUCCAAUCCAAGCUCAGUCAUUGGCUGAACACUCAGAUAAGGGUGAAUUAACAUGCAUGAUGUCCCCUCAAACAAAACCUCCCAGUUUAGUGGCAGACAUGGCUAUUGGUGACAUCGACACAGACCGGGGGAAUCCAAAUAGGAUAAAAACUGAUCUCAACAAAUCAGAAGGUAGAGCUCUAGAACGUUCUAGAACAGCCACCAUGGAGUCAGACAGAACAAAACAAUUUGAAUCAAACGUCACAAGCUCAAGAAGUGUUGGAGAGGUAUCAACGACAAAAAGCCUCCACUCCAGUCCGAUUGUCGAUCAAGAACUAAACGCUAGUCUAGACCGUAGCUACAGCCGCCUCUUCUCUGACUCGUGGGGGGUGCAGGAGGAGCCCCACACCUCCCCACCAACACAACCAUCCUGCCACUCCCAACCCCACAGGGCUAUCCAGAAACCCUCCCGCUCCCAGCCCCCCAGGACCAUGGUAGUGGAGGGUGCGAGACAGCCAGAACUCACCUCCCCACCGUCCUCCUGCUCCGAGCCCACAAGGGUGAGGGUCGAUGGGGGUACGAGACAGACGGCGAUCCCUACCCUCCAGUACUCAGCCAUUGAAAUCAUUGACCUCUCCAUCAGUCCUCCUCUGGUCCCUGGUGUAUCCGCCCUACCUGUUCCUGGUUUGUCCCCAGGGGAAGUGACUGACACCGGGGCACGAGUUAGGAUGAAGGGAGUGGUGGGAAGAGGGAAAGUUCCUGUGUGUAAGGAGAUACUCCAAGAGAAGGUACCAUCUAGUCCAGAGGACUUAAAGAGAGAGAGUCAUGGUCCGUAUAGUAUUUCUGUACCCGUGUCUCCUCCUCACAGUACCAAAGAAGAACCUGAGCUUAUAGUUCUGUCUGACUCUAGUGAAGAGAUGGAGGUAGGGGAUCUAGGACCUACCAGCCCCUCUCCACCACCCCCUACUCAUCUCUCCCAGAACCACCAAGGCUACACCCGAAUCACAACUCAAUCAGACACAGAACCUAAGAAACCCACCUCGAAGGAGAAAGAGACUAUUGGUGGUUUUGUGAGGGAUCCUUCUGUCUCACCUUCAGAUCAAGGCUUAGAUCCAGAUCCUCCAGGUUAUAAACCAUGUUCCAACCCUGGUUCUGCUGGUUCUACUAGUCUCAUGGACUGUUCUGCAGAGAUGUCUUGGCUCAUCCCGGCCACUCCGCCCCUACCGUCCAGGAGGACGAGCUCUACCCAGACCUUUAGUAGCAUGCGUCGCACUCAGCUCUUUCCUAAGGCCAACUCUUCUUCCUCCUCUUCUGCAGCGUCAGUUUUCUCCUCUCCCACCCUCCCUUUCAGGCCUAGCCGCCAGACCUCACACCCACCCAGGGUUUCUACACAUUCUGCCCAGACAGAGUCCUCUAUUUCUAGGCAGAAAUCAGACAGCAGAGGGCUUCGGCAUUCCAGCUUGGGUCUCAACCAUGACGACCUCUCUUCCCAGAAAUACAACAGUGGUUCUGGAUCCACAGUCCCCUCCAAGUCCCAACCAAAACGCUCCUGCCUACCCCGCCUGACCCCCUCUCUCUCCGUCAUCCCCCCACCAGACCCCUCCACCAAGGGUACUCCUCUCCACAACGUCCCCCAGCCAUACAGCUCCACUCCCCUUUAUUCAGAUCUACCCAAGCCCUCUGCUCCGUCUCUGGCCUCCCCUCUCCUGAGAGACGGGGAGGGGGACAACGGAACCAGGCAGAGAGGGAGGGGGCUGGGGAUCUCUGGGAGCCCAUGGAAGAGAGGGGGAGAGGGGUCUCUGGGCCUAUCCCUCUCGGACCCUUCCGACCCAUCCUCGUCCCCACAUAAGGAGUCCCUUACCCAACCGAGAGAGAACAGCGGCUCCCCCGGACAACGCCGACCAUCCAGUGAGUCUAAAUACUUCCACAGCCCAGGAGAUAGCGAGACGGGGGGAGAGAAAGAGAGGGGGGUGAGAGAGGAAUCGGAUGAGAUUAUGAAAAUGGAGGAACUGGAAAGGAGUGUAGUGAAAGAGGAAGAGCAGGAGGAAGAGAUGGGAGAAGACAUGGAGAGGUCCAGUAACAGCUUUCAACAGAGCUUCCUCGGGAUGGACGAGCCACCCAUGGCCUUCGAUGACUCCUGGGGCCUAAACGCAGGAGGAGGGGACACGGACGGAGAACGAUCCCAGGCAGUGUGCUUCAGUCUGAGGCUACAGAGCAGCGGCGGUGGGGCUAGUCCUCCAAGACAGGGCCGGAGAGAUGGAGAGAUAACAGGAACAUCCUCUACUUUUACCCCCUCUCCUCUUCCUAAAGCCUACUCCACCCCCUCUCCACCUCCACCCAACACCACUACACCCCAGGCCAACCCAGAGAUCAACGCUAGCCUCCUGGACGCUGAGAUCUGGGACGACUGGGGGCAGGAAGAGGAUGAGGCUCUUCCUCUCUCUCAGAGGGUGAAUCCUGUAGCUCUGGCUCAGAGAGUGGCCCAGCUCAAGACUCCAGUGGCCCCCCGUAGGAAAGGCCAGCAGGGCCCCCUGGUCCCCAUCACCCCCAUGCCCAGCUACUCUGACAUGGACACACCUGACCUCAAGAACAAGCUCAACAGAUUCGGUGUGCGUCCCUUACCCAAGCGCCAGAUGAUCCUGAAGCUCAAGGAGAUCCACCAGUACACCCACCAGGUCGUCAGCUCAGAGUCCGAGGACGAGGCACCUUCCCUGGGUCGCCCCAGAGCCGUCGGGCCCCCACCCACCACGGAGCCCACCAGAAAGCCAGUGUCCUGUGCCCAGGCUGGGGGGUUUAAAGAGCCUGGUGGAAAAGCAGCACCUACCGUCUCCCUGGUGAAACUGCCUGGUGAUGAGGAGGACAUGGAGCCUCUCUCUGCCUCUCAGGGAUCCAAUACGUCCUCCACAGCACCCAGUGAAGACUCUGAGAGGUCUAAUCCAGAGCAGUGCCUCUCUGACGACUCGGAUAACGACAACAUUACUGCCUCGCAGUCUGCCUCCAAGCUCCAGGACAAGCUCGUCGCUGUCCGUCGUUUCAUCCAGUCAGACCCUGACCUCUACGGGCAGAUCCUCCACUACCAGCCCCUGGUCCUGUCAGACCUCCAGGCCAGACUCAAGGCCGCAGGUAUCCAGCUGGGGGCCGCCAAGCUACUAGACUACCUGGAUUCCCAGUGCAUUACGUUUACCACAGCCAAGCCUGGACUGAGGGGAGGAAGAAAGAGAAGAGGGAAGGGGGUGACCAGGGCUGGAGGGAGGGGAAGGAGAGGGGCAGCUAAAAUGGCAGAUUGAAGUUACCUUUGAGGGGAUACAGUGGAGGCAAAAGUGGAUUUUGAAAGGAUUUGCGGGAAAUAAUUGAGUCUAAACUAAAUCAGUGGCAAUUAAGGCUGUAACGUGUUCUGGUUGAACUGUUUCCUGUUUAUAUUGGUUGGAUGUUGGACUUCUAUAAUUAAGUAAUGUUUAUGUUCUCUUCCUAGUGUCCUAUCUUUACAGCAUGCUAUACUAGUCUGGACUAAGCCGUUUUCACUGGGUUAUUUUCACUGGGUUAUUGUCCACAAGACGAAAUAGUUCACAUUCAAAAGCCCUGGAUUACCCAGGAAUAACUCCAACACACAAGAAAAUCGUGAAAAAUAUUUUACUGUUUUUCUCCAAAGACCAGCCAAGAAAUAGACUUCAUUCAAUCUGAGCACAACUCAUGUUGGGGCAGGGAGGUACUUGUUAAAAAGAAAACACAAGUGGAAGAAAAAUCAGAUACUCUUCAUGAAUUAGUUCUUCUGGUUGAUUA